ACGGCGUUGCAUGGCGUGGCGUGGCAUGGCCAGACGUGGCACGGCGUGGCCAGACGUGGCACGGCGUGGCCAGACGCGGCACGGUGUGCCAGACGUGGCACGGCGUGGCCAGACGUGGCACGGCGUGGCCAGACGCAGCACGGUGUGCCAGACGUGGCACGGCGUGGCCUGGCUCAGCGCGGCACGACACGGCUUGUCACGGCGCGGCACGCGUGCCGUUGCGGCCACCCGCCUGCAGGGGGUGCGACCGCCGGAGGGGACGCAUUGUCGCCGUCCCCUGCCCGCUCAGCCAAUCACGGAGCCAAAGCCAGCGCUCGGCACUCUCCAUUGGUCGUCUUGAAGAAGGCGGAGGCCAACAACGGCGGCGCGGCAGUUGCCGGAGGUGUCGGAGGUCGUACGGCGGCAGCGGGAUGGAGCGCGCGGGAGCGUCCGCACAACAGAGGAGCCAGCUGCAGAAUUGCCAAGGAGACAAGGAAAGGCUGAAAUGCACAAGUGCAAUACCCUUUUUAAAGGACUGGACUAAUCACCUGAAUCCACCCUUAGAACCAGUUUCUCAACUCAAGCAUGUUAACAGGAGCAAGAAAGAUAUUCUUGGGACUGUGAUGGAGGAUGCUCAAGAGGAUGGCAAGCUUGGAGCCAAAUCCACACAGCACACUUGCCACACUGCUCUGAAGAAGCCUUCAAAUACAUCUCAGAGAGCAGGAGGGGUGUGUCCAGUGCAGCCAGGGAACAACACGACGUUUCCUGCUUCUGCACAGACUAGAGGCAGGCUCCCAUCUUCAGGCUCUGGUCAACUAAAUCCAGACAGGAGCCAGAAGUCUGCACAGGAGACUGUCACUGCAGCAGCACCUCAGGUGGGAAGUGACCACCCUCCUCCAGGAGCGCCUCACACCCUGAAUGCAGAGCUGCAGGACAGGCUUGUCUGCAACAAGGAAAACCUCAGCCCACAAGCCUCCACAUCCUCAGAGCUGAUCAACACUUUCCAACCUAGUGAAAACAGUCUCAAGAAGGAGAGAGUCUUGGCCCACAGGCAAUGCCCAGCUGUAACGUCAAGGCCCAUUCUGGGUCCAAAAGGCAGAACGAAUAACCACCAGCCUAAGGAAAACCCAGUUCUGGGUAAAUUUAGGAAAGCCCUGCCAGAAUCAAAGAGCAUGUCUCAAAAUACAGCUAUCAGGACUCAGCCAUUGCAGCCCUCUCGGUUCCUUCCUACUUCUGCUAAUUUGAUACAUAAAAACCCAGGGACAAAGCAGGGAGAAAGCACUACUGUGAGGCAACCUGGCACAGCUCCAGGGGGGAGUCUUAAGCAGCACAGCCAGCCUCACCCAGUGAGAAGAUUUCCCACCAAGCCUCCCACCUUGGGCAAGCCCCAGGGGAGCACAAACCUGAAAUCCAACCUGAACCCAGGUGUCACUUUGCCAUGGCCAAGGCCCAUGGUUAAAGAAGUGAUGGGCAGGAAGGACAUGAAGGUGGUGCCUCCUGGACACACAGCAGCAUCCCAAGGAACAAGUCACCCAAACCAGUCUCCCAGCAUGCACAACUCCAAAACUCACGUCCUUGAGGAUGAUUUGAGAAGUAGGAGAGAUCAGCUUAAACCAGAGCUGCCCAAGGCAAGUGGCAUGCAGGCUAGGCGCGUUCCAAGGAUCCCAUCAGCUCCAGAUCGUAAGAAACAGCUGGAGGAGUGGGUGGCAUCCAAAGGCAAGACCUACAAGCGGCCGCCGAUGGUGCUGCUUCAGAAGCAGGCAGUGAAGCCAUCCUGCACAAAGGUCAAAGCAAAGGAGAAGCAAGAGAAUCCAGAGCAGCACUGCCAAGAAAAGAUCAACAACAUAUUAACUGAGUGCCAGAAGCUCAUUGAGGAGGGUGCCCAUGCAGAGGAGAUCUGGGAAAUGCUGUCCCUUGUGCCCCAGGCAGAGAAAUUUGCCAAAUUCUGGAUCUGCCAAGCAAAGCUCCUGGCCCGGAGUGGCCCCUUUGAUGUGAUGCAGCUAUACGUAGAAGCAGUCUGUGCUGGGGCUGAGCCAAUUGAAGAGGUCAGGAGAACUGCUAUAAAUAUUUUGGAAAAUGGAGGCCAAAACCUGGAAGGAGAAAAGGCAGAGGAACCCAUUCCUCAGGAGGCUACUACGCCUUGUCCAGGUGAGAGGCAGUCCAUAGUGUCAACUCCAGGCCUGGUGGCGAGGCGCAUGCCGUCCCUUCCCUCCUCAGUGAAGUUACAAGUUACAUCUGGAUCCAGAGGAAGGAAAUUCCUGGAAGGCUUGGAAUUGAAAUUUGUAACACCCGUGCGGCGCUCACUACGGAUUGAGAGGGUUGGGAGUCGCUACCCAGAGAUGCUGAAAGACCAUGACCCUGUGGUGUCAUCUCUCAGUGAAAUUCUGGAUGCUGAGGAGGAGACUUGCUUCUUCUUCCGGAAAAACAAGGCUUUGCCAGAAGUGACGGAGCUGGAGGGUUUAAGUUCCUAUUCCCCCAAGAGCUCCUGAGAAGUUCCCAGCAGGAACAGGCUGCCUGCCCACCGUGCUGCUUCGUACACACUCCCCUGACUGCUCUUGCUGUCCCUCAGAGGUAGAGGGGAGGGGAUGGCAGAGACUAAGCAUGUUUUAAAUAUCUAAUUGCAGUUUUAAACAUCUAAUUGCAGUCUUAAACAUUAAACUUUGCAGUGGA